CGCGCAGGGCCGUUAUUCUGGGAAGCAGUCCGGGACAAGAGUGCGUUGGGCAUAGACAUCCACCUGAUGCACGAGACCGGCCGCAAGUGCAUGGCGCCCAAGACCGUCAAGAACUUCGACGUCAUGCACCAUAACGACAACUAUACGCAGUUGUUGCGACACCGACUUUGGCCGGCGACCAACACAGACCCGACGACGGCGACGACGUUCUCAUCGUUGGACCAGUUCUCGAGGCUGGCGAUGCUGGGGAGACUGACUGGGUACGACUACUACCAGGCCAUGUGCGCGGCGACGGAUGCGAUGGGCAUAUUGAAACUUCCGUCUCUCCUCAAGCAGUUCAUGCGCAGCGCCAGGCAGUUUCGUCACGUCCAUAUGUACAAGAGGGCGGGUCGGGCGCACGACGCGGGAGGCAUUGCAGGCACCCCGGCUGGCGGUGCUGCUAUAGAGUGCCCGGCCUGUCCGCGCCCUGGUUGGAAUAUACCGGACUCGUGGAUUUCCAGCCCGCUAGAGUGGCUGUAUCGACGUUACCUCGCCAUCGACGCCAACUUCCGACUAUCGAACCGGUUUUCUCGAUCGACCGAGAAGAGCGACCCUUGCCUGAAUGACGGGCGCGCUUACGUGGUGGCUGCGGCCGAGUUUGAAGCUUACCUGAAAGAGGUCGACAAAGACAAGGACGGGAACGACGUCGAGCAGCCGGUCAGUUGUUCCAGGUUCAACGCAAUCACCGAGGUCAACCAGAAGGGGGGCCGAGGUCUCAGGACGACCGGCGUGGCCGGAUGCUUCUGUGCGCGCCACGAUUUCUGGAUGCCGUGCGGGUGCGGGUGGCUGACAAAGGGCGAACGAUAUAGCGUCAUCGACUACAUAGUCUGCCGCGUGCAUUCGUGGAUCGGCGUACGUAUGGUGGUAUACUCGUACGACAUCAGCUGCCAAUGGAGCGUGAACUUUGCGCACCGUUUGCGAAACAUCAACCCAGCGUUCUCGGUACUAUUCGACGCAGCUCAAGGCGUAUUGGACAAGACCAGGACGUUCUUGGUUCCCAAGUUUCACUUGUACGCACACAAGUUUUGGUGCUUCUGCCGCUACAACUUCUCGUACACGCCCGGCGUAGCACAGACGGAUGGAGAGGGAUGCGAGCGGGUCUGGUCGGGAAUGAACGGCGGUCAGGGAAGCAUACGGGAGUCGGGCGUAGGCGCGUGGCGCGACAUGAUGGACGACAUGUGCCAGGCCUGGAACCACAAGAAGGCGUGCGCGUUAGGCUCUACGCUGACGAAGAACAUGAAGGAGGCUCUGCAACAGGCCUACAUGCACUGCGACAUAUAUACCGACCUCACAACGGUGAUCAAAACCGACGCACUUGAUAAGUACGUCGAAUACUCGGGUAAGCUGGAAAAGUGGGACGCCGCCGGCCAGAAGGGGAAGGAUUGCCCUUACGAGCAUACGUUGCCUGACGUUUCGCUUCCUGAACUCACGCGUAGGGCGGAGACAGAGGUCGAUCUUGUUGCCGCCCCGAAGACGGCGCCUCGCGAGAUUUCGGAAUUGGUCUCGCCGAACGUCGACGCCAGCUGCUCCGCCGCCCAGAACUUGGCCCAGGAUGGCGGCUCAUGCAAUCAAGCGGCCGCCGACGGCGACGUUACAUCCGACGAGAACGCGAAGGUUCGUGAGGUGGAGGACAGGCGCCUGCGGGCCGAACGGGAGAGGCUUCGGCAAGACCUAGCGGACGUCGAGGAGAAUGAGGAACGCGUAAAGUGGUUGAUGUUGGGCAUGAAGAUCGAGGACGACAGGCAACGCCUCAAGAGCGAUGCCGCGGAUGACAGCCCCGACGUCAAGGCGAGCCGCGAGGACGCGCUCUUCGAAGCCCUAGUGAGCUUCAGGGCGCAACAAGACCGCUUCAUGCCUGGCUUCCUGGCUACGUUACCGACGGAGGUGCGCGACCCACGGGAGGAAGACUCGCACAAGACGCCUUUGUGUAUGCCGUCCGGCGUUUCAGCAUCUUGGCGAACAAGGUUCGGCGCUCUCACCGUCUGGGAGUCGCGAGUACGAUUGGCGAACAUGGACGCUGCGCUAGACGAACUUCGGCGGACGCUGCGUCUGCGAGUCGCGUUGAACAAGUUUAAGAUCGCCAAUUGGACGGGUCAGACGAAGAACACCAGGGCGAGGAGCGCGCAAUCGGCUGUGGACAAGCGCGUGAGGGCCGCCGCCUCCGCGUACCGCAGGCACCGAGAUGCCUACGCCGCCCUUCGCGGAUGGCAAGAGUCGCGUAAACCUGUCUCCGAGCGCAAUGACGUCGAAGCGAAGAGGUGGGAGAAGCGCUGGCAGGUGCUCAAACCGGAGCAUGUGAAGGGCUUGGGCGACAAGACAAUCUCGACGUGGUUGGAGAAGGGCUGGGGCAAGGCGAAGGAGUUCUUGGAGAAGCGCAAUUCGGAGAAGAAGGCGAAGAAGUACUGGGGGGUUAAGCAGACGAGUAACUCGGGUCUCACGAAGUCGCCGGUCUCCUGGAUCUGGUACAACGUUAGCGAGGACGACGACGGCUUGGACGUAACCGACGGUGCGUACGUUCGUGCCCUUGAACGCGCGGCUUUGAUCUGA